GAGGGCGUGGCAUUCGCAGCAAAGUACACCGCUGAUUGGCUCAGUCCCGGUGAGCCCGCCCUGUUUCUCUCAGAGCGGCCAAUGAGAAGCUGGGCGGAGAUUCGUGCCGUCGUCGCUCUGCUGCGUUUGUAAACACAAAGCGGCUCCUAACAAAAUGUGCAGCGCAGCACGUGAUCUCGUAUAAUCAGUGCUGUUAAAGCGCUGGGUUUAUAUAGAGAAUUAAAAUGGCACAGUUUUUUAACUGUAGUCCGACGAGCCUGGACAGAAAGGCGUGGCUGCCUGUGCGGACGGCCGUGGCUGUGCUGCUCACGGUUAUUGUGUUUAAGUUUGUGUUCUCGUGUCCGUGCACCGCUCCGGCGGAGACCGUGCUGCACUGCUGGCUGUAUCUGCUGCUGCCGGUGGGGAUCGUGUUCUUUAUCCUGGCUCUGCUGGACCCGCGGCUGCUGAAGGCGUGUCAGUGUUGUGGGUGUAGGUGCUGUGUCGGCUCGGGGAGCCGCUGCUCUGAGUGCUGCUGCUGCUGUGCUGCAGGACACAGUUACCGCCCCGCGAGCUGCUGCGGGGAGGAGGGCAGGUAUUUCUGCGCGCUGAUAUUUGGACAUGUCCUGAACGUGUUUUACGCGGCAUCGCUCUGGAUCGUAGUGGCCUUUCUGGACGGUGACUGGUACGUGUGUGUCCGGACCGCUGUGGAGAACGGCACCGGGGAACAAAUCGCCUGCAAGGAUUUGCCAACCCCGCAAGAGGCAGAAACUUUAAGAAAGUACAACAGCGAGUCCCGAAUAAUUGGACUAAUUCUCAUUUUGGGACUUUCACUCCUGUUGACUGUAAUUUCAUCUCUCAAGACCUGUUGGAAGCCGUAUUACAAGUCUCUGUAUGAGGUUUAUGUGGAGCAGGAGACCUCUGCUAUGCUGGAGGAAAAGCUACGAGAGCAGGCUGUGGAGAGAGCCAAGCUGAUUACUGAGAAUGCAAUAAAAAACAUUCAGAAUCAGCCUGUGAGCAGUGGGCAGGGCGAUGCCCGUCAUGUUCAGUACCAGCCAAUAGGGGUUGCAGAUGAAAAUGUUUGGAGGACAAUUUCACAUCCGACAUUCCACUUAAUGGGAGUGAGGACCCAUUCAUAAGCAAGACACCCAAUUCACUCCAAUGAAAUCUACACAGUGAAUGACUUUCAAAACAUAUUUAUAUUUUUUAAAAAGCCAAAAGUUUUGAACUCUACCUGAGAAAUGCACUAGUGUUCUCAGUUUACAGUUCUUUGAGUUAUUUACAAGUAUUAAUAUAUGUUAGGAGGAUAUUUCUAUCUUGUACACUAACAUUAGCUAUUCUACCUUGUGCAAUUGUAAUUGUGUAAUUUUAUAUUUAGCCUGAAAGGCACACCUUUUGAAAUAUGCAUUUCAGUACUCCACACUAACUGUUUCUAUUGUCUACAAAAACUACAAGUGCUUAUUAUAUACAAGUGAACUGGCUUUACUAACUCUAAAACUGGUAACAUCUAGGCUGCCAAAUCAUAGGCUCAACUCACAGAUUGUUGAGUUUUUGCUAAAUGUCUAGAUAGAUGCUUGAUUGGUUAUUUCUAAAAUGAUGUUUUGUAUGUGAGACGUUUUAUAGUAUUACACUGAACUUCUUUUGAUAAAUUGAAAGUAUCAUAGCAUGUUGUCCUGCACUGUUGGCACGGUAUAAGGACAUGGUCAAAUGCAGUGACUUGCCACGUCUUGGAACAGGAACUAGUAUUGUGUCCCGUGACUUUUGCCAUGUCCCAUGGAAGUUAUAGAACACUGCACUGACUUGUGGAAUAUGUGAGUUAAUUUUAUAUAUUUUUUACAGACAAUUCUAGCCAGAACCACUAGUAACUGACUGUGCUGUCCACUGUGGGUGGUAAUGCCUUCUAUGAUGUUAUAUGCUUUAAUAACCCAUCCAUCUGGCACCUAUUUUCAGGCCUGGAUCAGUCACCUUGCCAUGAGUAUACUGGUCAUUGUUCGAUCUCACUCACAAGAUAACACCUCACAACUUACACAGGUGUGUGCAUUUUAAGCUACGCCCUGAGGUUAUACAUCAGUGUCAAAUUACAUACUGCUAUUCCAUGACUUUUGACAUAUCCGUGUAUGUUAGCCCUUAGCCCUGGUUGCUGCAGAAUGUCAGAUCAGUCCAGGGUAUUUGAAGAAGUAAAAAAAAUAAUCACAUGAACAUGAUUUAUGACUUAACCUAGAUGCAGUUAAUCUAAAAAGACACAGAGAAGGCUAUGGGGCUGAGGUGCCUGAUAAACAUUGAACCAAUUUCUCCACUAAUAAAUCCAACUUUGAACAUCUGUCAGUCUUUAAACCGAAUGCAGAUAUUCAUUAUUUAUCUUGCUGACAAAUUGAUGUGGUUCAGCACAUGAUAUGCUUUGCUUUUGUCCGUUAAAAUAAAGGAAAUACAGGUUUUGAUUGAAAAAUGUUACAAAUGACAUGCACGGUUACGGAAUUCAGGCAAAAAAUGAUGUAGGCUACCAUGAUUAUUACUGGUAAUGAAAAAAGCAAACUAGAGAGAUCUAUAUAUGUCAUGUGUAAUUUGCAGUGAAACUUUUACACCUCAUCCUCCCGGAAAAGUAAUUUAUGGAAAGACUUGGGUGUCAUUCAUUCCAUUUAGUCAAUUUGAAUAAGCAAAACCUUUUUACCACGGUGCAUUAUGUGCUAUCAUUCUGCUCAUUAUGGGCUGUGCUGGAAAUAUGUUUUACAGCAAAUUAAUUAAGAUUUUACAUUUUUAUGGAGAUUGAUUGAUGAUGAUAGGCCUGUUGCGAUUAAUCAAUAAUUUCUAAUGUUGUCUUUAUUUGCAUGUACUUAACAGAAUACACCUAACCAAGUGCUCUGUACUGUUCUUCCCUCUGCUCUGACAGAAGAGAGAGGGGAGGAGAGAGUGAGCAGGAAACACACACACAGACACACACUCUCUCACAAACACACACACACACACACAUUCAGAUUUACUGCUGUUGGUGGCUUUCACACUGUUUAAUCAAUGGAUUCAAGGAACUUUUCCGGAUCUUUAUGCGAUCAGGUUGUGGACUUGCAGCAUUUGAAUUGAAAAUGUGUGGUCAGUCAGUCAGUCAGCUGUUUACUGUAUCUGACUCAAACUCAACCAGUGCUGCUGCUGAACGUGUGCAUGAGCUUAUGAUUGAGCUGAUAUGUCGACUUUAUUUAAAAACAGUGUGUACGUGUAUUUGUAUAGGCACAUACAAAAACGCAAACAUACACACAAUAAAAUUGUUUAUAGCAUCCUGGGAAAAGUCCUGGGACAAUUUAUCGUCUGUCAAAAACAGUUAUUGUGACAGUCUAGAACAGUGUUUAUUAGCAAACUGCAGCUAUAAAACAUGUCUUAGCUGAUCGACUGAAUCCAAGCAAGUGGUAAAUCAUGUUCACUGGAUUUU